AUGGCAAAACAGAAGCUUACUUUGAAGCAGCAAAUGGAAGGGUUUCCGACCGAGCAAGUCGUUGUUGUAGGUCUUAUUCGGUUUGCCGAGCCCAUUGCAUUCACAUCUCUUUUCCCCUAUGUGUACUUCUUGGUCCGUGACUCUGGAAUCGCUAAAGAUGACGGAGAAAUUUCCAAGUACUCGGGCUACCUCUCAGCCAGUUUUGCCUUCUUCCAAUUCUUGGUCAGUAUCCACUGGGGAAGGGCCGCCGACAUCGUGGGCAGAAAGAAGGUUUUACUCAUGGGGUUGUUUGGCACCUCCAUCUCGCUAUUGAUGUUUGGUUUUUCAAAGAGCUUUUACAUGGCCUUGUUUUCCAGAUCACUUAUGGGGGCGCUAAACGGUAACAUUGGAGUUUUAAGAACGGUGCUAGGGGAGAUUGCCGUGGAGAGAAAACACCAAGCCAUCGCCUUUUCGACAUUACCUCUCUUAUGGAAUGUGGGGUCGGUCAUCGGACCGUUGAUCGGAGGGUUUUUGACCUUCACAAGCAGCGACAAUCCAGUUAAGGUUGCCGCUAUUACAUCUUUGGACGACUUUUUCAGACACAAGUAUCCGUACGCGUUGGCGAAUAUCGUGGUUGCAGGGUUUUUGUGGUUCAGCAUGGUUGUCGGGUUCCUCUUUUUGGAAGAAACGCAGUGCUUGAUGAAAGACAAGCCAGAUAUAGGUUUGAUUUUGGGUGACCGGUUAAAGAGAUUAUUUGGGGUCACCCCAAAAACGCGGCCUUGGGAUUCAAAGCGAAUCCCGAGGUAUGAUUCUCAAGUUUUUGACUUUGUCGACGACGCGAUUGAUUCUUGCGAAGAGAACUCGGGAGAGCUUUCGCCCCUCUUGAUCGAAGAUAACGAAGCUCCAUCACUGCUGUAUACAGGUUUGGAACCAUCGUCCACUGCAGCCUGCCGCCUGUCUGCAGCCUCUCUUGACCCUUCCUUGUCCUCGGAAGAAAGUCUGAAAUCGCCCUCAAUCCACUCCUUUGGUAUCUUAAGCAGAAGACAGUCGUUGGCGUUAGUUAGAACAUACUCUAUGAACCAGCCAGAUGAAGUCGAGACUACUGCUGAUAACUGGAGAGAGGCUUUCCCUCCAGGAGUUGUAAAGGCUAUUAGUGUGAAUUUCAUUUUGUCGUUGCACACGUUAGUUUUUGAUGAAUUUCUCCCAGUGUUUUUGGCGCUAGAUGCCGAUACAGAGAACUGUCGGUUUCCCUUGCGUAUUGUUGGAGGGUUAAGCUUUGAUACAAUCACCAUUGGAACAUUGGUCUCGGCUACGGGGUUUAUGGGAAUUUUGAUCAUUUUGUUUAUUUUCCCGUACUUGGACCGUAACUACGAAAUGUUGCCUACUUUGAGAGCUCUCAUGCUUGUCAUGAGCGUUGUAUACUUUUUCGUGCCGUUGUCUGUCUUCACCGUACUCCCGCAGUUUCCAAAGUGGUUCCCAAUUGUUGCAUUGUAUACGCUCACCUCUUUGAAAGCCUUGGGGAAUGCGAACUGCUUCCCACAAGUGAUGCUACUUAUCCAUCGGGCGUCACCUUUCCAGCAUCGUGCUUUAAUCAACGGCGCCUCCAUGUCGAUCUCCUCCUUAGCCAGAACAAUCGGGCCUUUGGUUUGGGGUAAUAUUAUGUCAUUUUCAGAGAAUAACCAAGUGGGCUGGUUGACUUGGUGGUCGUUGAGUUUGUUGUCGCUCUUGGGUACAGUGCAAACUUUCACCAUUCAGGAUGAGAAUGAAGAUGAAGUUGGCGAAACUGCCGCCGAAACUGCAUAA